AUGGCCGCGGAGCCUACAGGCGGAGGGAAAGAGAGAGACCCCAACCCAGCUGACUACGAGUUCACACCACGGAACAACCACCCAGCCCGCUCAGCCUGCGGCCCCGGUCAUCGAAGAUUUGGUCGGCGAACGCCGCCGCCACCACCACCCGACAAGAGCCUCGGCACCGGAAGACAGCGCGCGGCUCCGGAAGUGACGCGCCGGCGUGCUGACGCGCGGGCUCGAGCCGAGGCCGAUUCCGCGCCCGCCAUGGCCGACAAAAUGGACAUGUCUCUGGACGACAUCAUUAAGCUGAACCGGAGCCAGCGAGGCGGCCGCGGCGGAGGCCGGGGCCGCGGCAGGGCCGGGAGAGUCUCGAAGAGACACUCAUGGGUCUGUGUCUGUUCUCGUGUUUUCUUUCUUCUCCAGCCGAAACAACUUCCUGACAAGUGGCAGCAUGACCUUUUCGACAGCGGCUUUGGGGGUGGCGCAGGCGUGGAGACUGGUGGGAAACUGCUGGUGUCAAAUCUGGAUUUUGGAGUGUCCGACGCUGAUAUUCAGGAGCUCUUCGCUGAAUUCGGGACUCUGAAGAAGGCAGCUGUGCAUUAUGACCGUUCCGGGCGCAGUUUAGGAACAGCUGACGUGCACUUUGAACGGAAGGCAGACGCCCUGAAAGCUAUGAAACAGUACAACGGCGUCCCCCUGGAUGGCCGCCCCAUGAACAUUCAGCUCGUCACGUCACAGAUUGACACGCAGCGGAGACCCGCGCAGAGUGUAAACAGAGGUGGGAUGACUAGAAGCCGUGGCUCCGGGGCUUUCGGCGGCGGCGGCACCCGGAGAGGCGCUCGUGGAGGAAGCCGGGGCCGAGGCAGAGGCACCGGCCGGAGUUCGAAGCAGCAGCUUUCUGCAGAGGAGUUGGAUGCGCAGCUGGACGCUUACAACGCGAGAAUGGACACCAGUUAAAGAGAGCGGCAGAUCCUCAAGUGGAGCAGGACCCAGAUGUCUCCUCCGUGCUCCCUGGUGGGAGGGGGCCGUGGACUGGGGCUGUGCAGCCAAUGAUGGAUUUGUUUCUUUUGUGUUUUAAAAUAGGAUUUAAAAACUCAUGUAAAGGUUUUUUUUUUCUUUCCUUUUUUUUUUUUUUUAAAUUCUGAAGCAGCCCUGUUUUGUACCGAGUUAUUUUUGGGAUAAAUGUUACCGGUUGCCGUUGUGGGGAAGGUGGUGUUUUCACCUUUGCCAUAAUAAAACAGAGACGUGUGUGGAACUGGAGCCA